AGUAGUACGGAUCGGGAAGGUUACCGGGGACGUCACCAGGCUGGUUGCCGGUGUAGUGCUCGAGCAUUACUUUGGCGAUGUCGUGACAUGCUUUCUUGACGGAGGCUGCACGUGUUAGUGGCUGCUGGGUGAUGGGCAUCGAAUUCCUCACCAGGAUCAUCCAGCUGCAAUUCGAUUGCCUGGACGUGUACCAGGGUAAUUAGUAAUAGUUGCCAUAAUGUUCUCAUCGUCGUCGAAUCUCUGGAAGGCCCAUCCGCAACCAGUGACUGAAAAGAAAAGGGUCAAUCAAGGGGUACUAGAUCUGUUAUAUGAUUGAUGCCAAUGUUGAUGUCAGAUGCGCACAUUCCAGAGGAAGGAAUGUUGUAUCGGGGCACCUUUGGCCAGACCACCCAACCUUACGCCAAAGCUGCUUCAAUCAUAACACCUGGCGACUCGGCUGAGAGCCUGGCCUGACCAAGUCUAUUUUCCCCAUUGCCCAAUAAUUUUUCCUUCCUCCUCGAUAAGAUUUUCGGGACUGGUAUCCUAUCCGCCAGGGACCGGAGAAAUCUUCCACAUUCCAGUCUUUCUUCAUUUGUCUCAGCGCUUCAUCCCUUCUUCGAGCGGAAUCCAUGCCUGCAAUUGACCUUGUUGUCAAAGGGAUAGAUGAGAUCGACAAACAUGACAGCAGAGCGGACAAGGCAGCUGCUUAGCCACGGAGCAUCUAACUACCUCUUUAGUAGAGCAGAUCCCUACCGCGACGGGGGUAGCGUGUGCAACACAGCACUGCAGCACACCUCCAGCUGCUGCUCACAAACAAACUUCCCCUCGUGUUACUCCAUCUCUCCUCCACCUUUGUCCACCUUCCCCAGCCACGAUGCCAUAUCCGCACUUGGCCCUCAUUCCCCUCUCGGCCAUGGCUAUGGCCCUCCAGUCUCCCGGCGAUCAGGUUUCCAUUGCCGGAUGGCACCUCCAGUCCACACACGCCGUCACCGGCGACCUCACUCCCUGGUCUCUUCCACACGCGAACGUCUCCACUUGGAACCGAAUUAGCGGCCCCGCGACAGUCCUCGGCGGGUUGCUCGAAAGCAAUGUCUACAACGAAACCGAUCUCUUUUACAGCGACCAUCUCGCAGGCCUGUCCAAAUCCGAUUUCAGCGUUCCAUGGCUCUACCGCGAAGAAUUUUCACUGUCUCCGUUCGCUGCUGAUCAGCACCUAUUGCUCAAAACACACGGAAUAAGCUCAAAAGCCGACAUCUUCUUCAACGGCGCACAGAUCGCCUCCAACGAGAUCCAGAAGGGAUCUUAUGCUGGACGCUCGUACGAUCUAACACCGCAUGUGCUCGUAGGACAAAAUGCGCUCCUCAUCAAGGCAUAUCCGACCAGUUAUCGUGAUGACUUUGCACUAGGAUGGGUAGACUGGAAUCCACAUCCUCCUGACUCAGGUACUGGGGUUUGGCGCAACGUUGAGCUAAAGCUUACGGGGCCUGUGUCGAUAUCGUCGCCGCGCGUCACGACAAACUUUACCUCCGACCAGUCUACGUCUCCGGUUGUUGUGACUGUCAAGACUGACGUCCAGAAUUAUGGUGACUCUGCCGUGGACGUUACCAUACACGGCUCGAUUCAUUCGCCAGAUUCAGCGAAGGCCAUUGAUUUCUCACAGUUCGUUCACCUACCUGGGCGCACCAACUCGACUGUCAGUCUAAAUGCGACGAUUGACAAUCCGCAAAUCUGGUGGCCUGCAACCUGGGGCGCUCAGCCGCUGUAUAAUGUCAGUCUGAACGCCUCAAUCCCAUCCGGGGCCAUAUGUGAUGUCGCUCCCUUGACUAAUUUCGGCAUCCGUCACGUCGUUUCGUCUCUGAACGCACACAAUGAUCUCGCGUUCACCAUCAAUGGUCAGCCUUUCCAGGUCCGCGGAGCUGGCUACGCCCCUGACAUUUUCUUGCGCUUCGAUAUCAAACGUCUGGAGAACAUCUUCCAGUAUGUGCUCGACAUGGGACUGAAUACCGUUCGGCUCGAAGGGAAGCAGGAACAUCCGGAGCUAUAUGAUCUUGCCGACCGCAUGGGUCUGAUGGUGAUAGCAGGCUGGGAAUGCUGCGAUAAGUGGGAAGCUUGGAAGUACAACGACGACUCCCCCGGUACCCAAUGGCAAAACCAAGACUACGCCAUCGCCCACGCCUCCAUGCUCCACGAAGCGGAAAUGAUGCAGCCACACCCAUCCCUCCUCGCCUUCCUUAUCGGCUCCGACUACUGGCCCGACGAACGCGCAACAGACCUCUAUCUCUCCGCCCUCCGCUCAAUGGACUGGCCGAACCCUGUCAUUGCGUCGGCAAGCAUGCGCGGCCACCCGAGCCAGCUCCCACCAUCCGGUAUGAAGAUGGACGGGCCGUAUGACUGGGUUCCCCCGAAUUACUGGUACGGUAACUCGCUCGGCGCGGCAUUUGGGUUUGGCUCGGAGCAGGGCGCUGGCGUGGGGACGCCUGAGCUCUCUAGUAUUAGGAAAUUCUUGUCUGAUGCGGACCUUAAGACACUCUGGUCUAGUCCGAAUGCUGGGCAGUAUCACCUCGCGCCAGAGAAUGGGGUAUUUCAUACACGCAAGAUCUAUAACAAUGCUCUCGCAAAGCGAUAUGGUCAAGCUAAGAGUUUGGAGGAGUACGUCUUCAAGGCACAAGUGAUGGACUACGAAGCGACACGCGCCGAGUUCGAGGCAUUUUCCGCCCGCCAGAAUGCCUCUCGUCCGGCGACAGGCGUUAUAUACUGGAUGCUCAACAGCGCCUGGCCGAGUCUUCACUGGCAGCUCUUCGACUACUACCUUCAACCCGCCGGUGCAUUCUUCGGAGCCAAGGCUGGCGUGAGAGAGGAGCACGUCGCCUAUGAUUAUGAAUCGCGGAGCGUCUACAUAAUCAAUCAUUCUCUGAAGUCCAGCGGUAUUCGACACAUCACCGUCGACCUGAUCUCCAGCAACGGCACUCGACUUUUGCACCGCGAAGCGACCACCGAGACAGCUCCCCUCUCAUCGAAGGAGAUCGUCCAAAUCCCAGAGGUUUCGACUAUUCUCAAAGACACAAUCGGCUUCCUGCGACUAACCUUGUCGGGCACCUCCACCGAACCCCUCAGCCGCAACGUCUACUGGCUCACGGCACAAAACGACGUUCUCGACUGGGAUAAUUCAGAAUGGUACACGACACCCGUAACCACAUUUGCCGAUUUCACGGCACUGAGUGCGCUGAAACCAGCUACGGUCGUGGCGACUGCCGCAACUCUCGUCGAUGACGCGUCGCGUGUUUCUGGUCUUGGCUCCGUCGAGGUCACCCUGGAGAACCAGAGCGAUGUCCCGGCGUUCUUUAUUCGCUUGACUAUUCUUGAUUCGAAGACGAGGGAGGAGAUCGCGCCUGUGUUCUGGGAUGAUAAUUAUGUUACUUUGUUUCCAAGGGAGAGAUUACGCUUGGUCGUGAGGGUUCGCGAGGGAAGUAAGUGGGUGGUUACGAUAAGGGUUGGGAGCGGAAAAGAGCAGGACGUGAAGUCUAAGUGA